AUGUCGUCAACAGGCAAGACUUCCGAAGCGGAGCUUAUCGCACGCCCGCUCGAGUUCAAGGGCGGCAAAGUAGCGCCCAACCGUCUGGCCAAGGCCCCCUUGGAGGAGACACUCGCCCGCGCUGGAGGCGGACCACCCAACUUUGCCCACUUUGAGCUCUACCGCGCAUGGGCUCGCGGUGGCUGGGGGCUCAUCAUCACCGGCAAUGUCGCCAUCGAUCCUACGCACCUCGGCACUCCAUGGGAUGUCGUAAUCCCUAACGAUGAAAAGCACCUCGAGUUCUUCAAAACCGCCAUGAAGAGGUAUGCCGAUGCCUGCACCGGCCGUGAUCAGCCGGAUCUCGUCGAUCCCAAGGCGCGACCGCUGGCGGUCGUCCAGCUCGUCCAUGCAGGUCGACAGUCGAUGCGCGGUUCGGGUCGCGGCAUCACCGCCCCUUCUCUCGCUCCCUCGACAGUGCCCAUGAGCACGAUGGGCUCGUUUGGCCCCAUCGGCAAAGCGGUCGACCAUCUCAUGUGGGGUCCCGUAGCAGCGCUGACGCUGGAACAAGUCCACCAGCUUCGCGAUCGCUUUGUGAAAGCUGCGCUCAUCUGCGCCGAGGCCGGGUUCGACGGCGUCGAGAUCCAUGGAAGCCACGGUUACCAGAUCGCAGCGUUCCUCAGCCCAAAGACCAACUUGCGCACCGACGCGUACGGUGGAUCAGCCGAGAACCGCGCCCGGCUGUUGCUCGAAAUUGUCGAGGGCGUGCGCAAGCAGGUCAGCAACGAUUUCCUCGUUGGUGUCAAGCUGAACAGUUCUGAUUAUGUUCAAGGUGGUUUGACGGAGGACGAUGCGCUGCUCAACAUCAAGUGGCUAGCUGAGACUGGCAGUGUUGACUUUGUCGAGAUCAGCGGUGGUAACUAUGAGAACCCUUCUUUUGUUAUGGAGGGAUUCGACUCGGAAGCGGAAAAGGCCAAGAUCGAGAAGCUCUCUGCGAAGAGCGGCUCCGCCAACGCCAAGAAGGAUUCAAAGGCAACGAGUACGGGUGCUGCGACAGUACAAGGCGCAGGGGCCGAUCCUACGGCAAAGACGACCGCACGCACGGGUCGACGUGAAGCCUUCUUCCAGAGCUUUGCUCGUCGCUGCCGGUCCGUUUUGCCUGCCGACUCGCGCCUCAAGAUUGUCCUUACUGGCGGCCUGCGUUCGCGUCAUGGCAUCGCUUCCGCCAUCCACCCAGACGACGGCGCCGCCGAUAUCGCCUGCCUCGGCCGCCCAGCCGCUGUAUUCCCCUCUCUCCCUCGCCGUCUCACGGACACGUCGAUCCCAGACGACUCCCCGGAAGCAGGCACACCCGAGUACAAUGUCCCCGCUGUAUCCAGUCUUGCUCUCGUGCCAGCCAAGAUCGUCGGCGCAGGCUGGGGCACGCUGUGGCACACGUUCCACAUGGCCCAGACCGUGCUGGGCAAGGGAGAGGGUGCUGCGGGCAAAUCGACCUGGCGAUUGAUCAAGGAUUAUACCAAGACAGGCGCGACCCAGACUGGGUUCAAGGAGCCGAACGACGAUCUGUUCAUGCUGUUGGUCAUGACCGCCAUCCCCAUGUUGGCCAGUAUUGCGGUUUUGGUGUACAAUUAUAGAUCCUAG